AGUACACCUUUGGCAGAAGACACGUGAGUUGUCAGGAAGCGGAAGCUUUUCCUUUAUGUUUUUCCGGGUCGUCGACCAGAAACGUCGUGCUAACGGCGCGGAUAAAUAGAAACUUUUUCCAGAAACUUCCCAUUUGGAGUAUAUUAGUCUCUUUUAAUUAGAUUUUUUCUUUUGGAUAUUUACUACGUAAGCGAUUCAACGAAGGAUAAAGAUCCAAUUUGAAGGUUUGUAUGUGUAAUUAGGCAGUUUUUGUUUUGAUGUUAGUUACUUGUGAAUAGCGGUGAGCUAACGCUAAUUAGCAAAUAGCUGGACUACAGGAUGUCUAAGCGGGAGGCGGAGGAGUUGAGGCCAUGGGUGGAACGCACAGUGAAAAAGGUCCUGGGCUUUUCAGAGCCCACCGUGGUCACUGCAGCUUUACACUGUGUUGGAAAAGGUCUCGACAAAAGGAAGACCACAGACCAGCUACGUCCAUUUCUUGAUGAAUCUGCUGGCGGUUUUGUCGAAAGACUUUUUGAAGCUUUGGAGGAGACUCGCCGUGGCAGCAAAGAACAGAAUCGCAAGAGAGACCUAAAGGAUGCAUUUAGUAAUGAGACUGAAACUCGUGUCGUACGAGAGACUUCUGAAACAGGUGAUGGAACACCCGCAAAGCGGAAGCGUGUCCCUCGAUUUCAGGAGGUGGAAGAGCCAGAGGCCAUACCUGCCACUCCGACCGAGAAUCCUGGCAUGCUCACAAAGAUGCAGAUUAAGCAGAUGAUGGAGGCAGCUACAAAACAGAUUGAAGAAAGGAAGAAACAACUGAGCUUUUCCUCUUCUACUACACCAUUGCAGCUGGACAACAUACCAGUAUCGAGACUUCUUGGUGCUGCAGCUGCUGCAUCAAUGGGUGGCGCUUCUAUUGCUCCAUCCCAGGCUGCUAACUUCAUGAAUGAUGCCAUCGAGAAGGCCCGCAAAGCUGCUGAGCUGCAGGCUCGCAUCCAGUCUCAGUUGUCAAUGAAACCUAAUAUUCUUGGCGCAUUGGGGAACACUGGGCCUCAGAACCUAGUGGCACUAGCUAAUCUACAUGCCAUGGGCAUAGCUCCACCGAAAGUUGAAAUCAAAGAGGUGAAUAAGCCAACUCCUCUUAUUCUGGAUGAAAUGGGGAGAACAGUUGAUGCUAGUGGCAAAGAGAUUGAACUUACACAUCGUAUGCCUACAUUGAAAGCCAACAUUCGAGCAGUAAAGAGGGAGCAGUUUCGUCAGCAGCUGAAAGAGAAGCCUGGAGAUGACUUAGAGUCCACAUCCUAUUUUGAUAAUCGAGUGCUAAUUACACCUGCACAGCGUCCUCGCAGGACCUUUAAGUUUCAUGAACAAGGGCGGUUUGAAAAAAUUGCUCAGAGGAUCAGAACUAAGGCUCAACUAGAAAAGCUGCAGAAUGAAAUUGCCCAAGCAGCUAAGAAAACAGGUAUUCAGGCAUCUACCAAGUUGGCUCUGAUUGCCCCCAAGAAGGAGCUUGGGGAGGGGGAGGUGCCCAACAUUGAGUGGUGGGACUCCUACAUCCUGCUCUCCAACAUAGUCAUAACCCCAGAAUCUACAUUUGAUCAAAUGGAAUUCUUUGGUGUGACCAACCUAGUAGAACAUCCUGCACAAAUGAGCCCUCCAGUUGACACAGAUAAACCAGUGACACUUGGCGUAUACCUGACAAAGAAGGAACAAAAGAAACUGAGAAGACAGACUCGUAGGGAAGGCCAAAAAGAACUUCAAGAGAAAGUCCGUUUGGGCUUGAUGCCUCCACCAGAACCAAAAGUACGCAUUUCGAACCUGAUGAGAGUGCUGGGUACCGAGGCCGUUCAGGACCCCACAAAAGUAGAAGCCCACGUCAGAGCACAGAUGGCCAAGAGACAGAAGGCUCAUGAGGAGGCUAAUGCAGCUCGCAAACUCACCGCAGAGCAGAGGAAAGAGAAGAAAGCCAAAAUGUUAAAAGAAGACCUUACUAAUGGUGUUCACAUUGCAGUGUACAGAAUCCGCAACCUGCAAAAUCCUGCUAAGAAGUUUAAAGUGGAGGCCAAUGCUAACCAGCUGUAUCUGACUGGCACAGUAGUUCUGCACAAAGAUGUCAACCUUGUUGUGGUGGAAGGCGGCCCUAAAUCUCAGAAGAAGUUCAAAAGGUUGAUGAUGCAUAGAAUCAAAUGGGAGGAACAUAACACUAAAAGAGAUGAUCCAGACGGUGAUGACGAUACAAAGAGGAACAACAAGUGUUGGUUGAUUUGGGAGGGCACAGCUAAAGAACGUAGCUUUGGGGAGAUGAAAUUCAAGCAAUGCCCUACUGAGAACAUGGCCAGGGAACACUUCAAAAAGCACAACACGGAGCACUACUGGGAUCUAGCGCUCAGCCAAAGUGUGUUGGAUAGCACCGAUGACUGAAACCUACCGCUUGAGCACUGAGAUGCUAUUGUUCUCCCUUCUAUGACCUCAAAGCUGUAGCCUCGACAUCAGCUGGCUCUCAUGGCUGGUUGGUUACAGUCAAGGACCCAUCACACUCAAAUAAGACUUGAAUGUUAAAAAGAGGAGGAACAAUAAACCUGUGUUUGGAUGUUUUAUGACUGCUGGACAGACCAGGAUGUGUGUAACGGUGUGUAUGUGUGCCUGCAUCAACGUUCCUCUGUAUGGUGGUAUGAUAGUCAGAUAUUCCAUCUGCUAUUGAGUACUCAGUCGGACGGGCUGCGACGUGUGAAGCAAGAAUCACUUUACAGCUUUGCUCAUGAGAAAUGAUCAUAAUGUUAUAAUGACGUGGUGUUCUCGUGCACUAGUACUCCCUCUGCAACACAAAAAGUUAUUUAAAACCAAACAGCAUGCACACAUGCUGCUAGCUUUCAGUAAACCUGCUGAGGUAAAAUGGACAACUAUGUUGAUUAAAACGUGUUGCUCGUUUUGUUUGGUUAUGUAAAAUGUAAGAAAAGGAGAAGCAACCCUUUCAAGAGCCUGCAAGGUACAGUCAAAAUCCUCAAAUCUGUUUAAUUUACAGGGUAUAAGGGGAGUUCAUUAUUUCAGGUCUAGCUGUUAAUAAAUUGUUGCUCACGUGUUUCCAGUUCCAUCGCUCCUGUUUGAAAAGAAGAAAAAAGUGUUUUUCUCUGUAACUACAGUCACAGCCUUAAAUAAACAAUUGACUCAC